AUGACUAGUGUUGAAUCGCCUACAAAGCUACAUGCACCGUCUUGUACAAAAGAAGAUAGUAAAAAGAGUACAAAAGACCUUACCAAGUGUAUUAUUUGUCAGAAAAAACAAGAUAAUAAGGGAAACAAGAAACUUACAAGUACAGAGAAUGGAAGAAAUGCUAUAUUUAACUGUUCAAAAAGUUUGAAUGAUGAUUUAUUGAAGGGGAUACCAUUGAGUCAAUACGAUGAUAUCAACUACCAUGUCAAUACUUGCUAUCCCCGGUAUGUACGUUCUAAAGAGAGAUUUGAAAGUAGGAAUGAAACAGCAACAAGCACAGAAGAUCUUGAAGUUAAACCAAAACGAAAUAAAUCAAAUGUUUCCAGUCCUCCAGCUCUAGCUGAGAAGCCAUGUGUUAUUUGUAACCAUAUCAAAUUCAAAGGUGAUUUGAAGCGUUUUCCAAUUUGCGAAAUAAGACAAGCUAAUUCAUUUUUAUCUGCAAUAAAAUUCAACAAAGAUGCUGUUUAUGACAGAUGUGUGUUACUUAAGUGUCCUGGUGAUAUUUUUGCAGCUGACAUUGUGUAUCACAGAAAGUGCUUGAAUGGCUAUAUUGUGAAAUUUGAACGUGAUAUAGAAGCUAUAAUGUAUGCCAGAAACGAACAUCAUGAAGGGGCAGUAUUUGCAAAUACAUUUAAAAACUUCCUUUCAACUCUGGAUUUGAAAAAACAUGCUUAUUCAAUGUCAUUUUGUCGAGACCAGUUGAAUGAAAUUUUGGAAAAGGAACAUAAUAGUGAAGCCUAUGUUACGAACAGAACAUUGAAGACACUUCUAAUUGACAACUUUGGAGAAGAAUUAUCAUUUACAUAUCCAAAAGAUAGGAAGAAAUCACAGAUGUUUUAUUUAUCUGACACACACACUACUGCAACAGUUAUAGAAACAAUGCGAUCAAACAACCCAAUUGAAGUAUGUGCAAAUAAAUUGAGAUCAGAGUGUGAGAACUUUGACUUUAACCUCGAUAACAGCUUCAGAUAUGCCAGUGAUUUAGAGCUAAGUUUACAGUACUAUCAUUCAAGUAGUGCACUUCCUUAUUGGGAGAAGUUUUUCAAAAUAUUAUUUUCCAAUCGAAGUUAUUCAGAACAGAUUAAAAGGAAGUGUGAUGUAAUCUUUCAGAUAGUUUUCAAUUUGAUUACAGACGGUCAAAAGAAAACACCAUUACACACUGCAAUUGCCCAGUGUAUUCACGACACAUGUAAAUCGAAAAAUCUGAUUCAAAUUUUGAACCGCUUAGGACUGUGUAUCAGUUAUGACGACCUAGAACGUAUUGACAUUGGCAUCACCCAACACACAAUUGAUAUAGCUGGUACAAAUAGAGUACCAAUAUCAAAAAGUAUCACAUCAACUUCCAUUAUUCACGGUGCUACUGAUAAUUUUGAUCAUGAUGAAAACACACCAUCUGGAAUAGGAGGGAGCCAUGAUACUAUCCUCAUGCUCUUUCAAAAUGAAAAGAAGGACCGUGAGGGGAACACAAUGAGCCAAAAAACUGAAGAAAUUCGUAAAUUUUCACGACAGAAAAGAAGUCUUAGCUGUGCUUUAGAUUGCCAGAAUUUGAUUAAGAUGGGAAGAUUUUCAAAACGUGGUGAAAUUUCAAAUGAUUUCAUCUCAAAGAAGCCUCCAAAUUUAACGGCUGUUAUUAAAUAA